CACCUUCGGCCUUCCCGUCUCCUGCCCUCCCCCUUUCACAGAAGCGGAAUAAAAAAUAUCUCUAGACUUCUCUCUCUCUCUCUCUCUCGCGUCAGUCUCAAGCUAAAACUAAACAAACUAGCGGCUUACGGAUUUGAUCAGAUGGAUCCAGACGCAGUAGCCAAGGCUUUUGUUGAACACUACUACACCACUUUCGAUGCGAAUCGUGCGGGCCUCGCUAACCUUUACCAGGAAGGUUCGAUGUUGACUUUUGAAGGACAAAAAAUCCAAGGCUCACCUAACAUCGUCGCUAAACUCACUAGCCUUCCGUUCCAGCAGUGUCAGCACUCCAUCACCACCGUCGAUUGCCAGCCAUCCGGUCCCGCCGGAGGCAUGCUCGUUUUCGUUUCUGGUAAUCUCCAGCUUGCCGGUGAACAGCAUUCUCUUAAGUUCAGUCAGUUGUUCCAUUUGAUUCCAACACCCCAGGGAAGCUUUUAUGUGUUGAAUGACAUAUUCAGGUUGAACUAUGCAUGAAGAGUAGAUGAUUUGAAGGGAAUAUAUGGGCUUAAGGAUUGAAACAAGUUUGCUUUUAUUUUAUUCAAUACUGGGUCUUUUGUUGGUUGGUUGGUUGGUUAUAUUAAAUGUUUCCUUGUGCCUUUUUUUCCAAACUUCUAUUGAGAGACAUCUUUGUUGUGAUGGUUGAGUUGGUGAAAGAUGCUUUCUUGUAAACUGAGUAUUGAAGGUUGAAGGCUUUCUAGUUGAUUUUAGUGGCUGUUCUCAUAUAUGUUUACCUAGAAUGAAUCACAAAAUCUGCAAUUGUUUAA